AUGCUCAGGACAUUUCUUUUGCCUACUGUGCGUUCAAUUCAAUUGAAAUCGGUGAUAUCUCCUGUAUCCACUACUACUACUCUUCCAUCAAUUACAUGUAUUUCCUUUGCAUCUAAUUUUUCAACAUCAUCAAUAAACUAUAAAACCAAUACAUCAACAAGAACUAAAGAAAAUGUUCAUGAUUUAUCGACAUUCUUAACCUUAAUUGGUCGGAAUAGCAUUGAAUAUAAAGAUUUAUUUGAAGAUGAUUUGAAUAAGUUCUUAUCAACAACAUCUGCACAAAUGAAAAAUAUGGGUAUUGAUACUCGACCAAGAAGAUAUUUAUUACGAUGGAGACAUAAAUUUAUUAAUGAUUUAGAACCAUUAAGAGAACAUAAAUUGGGUAAGAAAAGAAAUGGUGGUGAAAGAAAGGCAAAAACUGUUAUUGCCAAAAGACAAGCUUUGGAACGUUUGGAAGAAAAAGAAAAAUGGGCACAAGAAGAAUUGGAAGCUGAAAAGAGAGGUGAAAGAUUGUUUUAG